AUGAGAUACUCCGUCCUGGUACUCGCCGCCCUCUUCGCUGGCUCCGAGGCCAUCCCGGGCCAACAACAGCAGCCAUUGCAGGAAGAGCACCCGACAACGAGCAAACCACCCAACUUCCUUUUCAUCCUUACCGAUGAUCAGGAUCUCCAGCUGAAUUCCCCGGCCUAUAUGCCACACACCCUCGCUUGGAUAAAGGACCAAGGCGUUGAGUUCCAGAAUCACUUUGUCACCACCGCCCUAUGCUGCCCCUCGCGAGUCAGUCUCUGGACUGGUCGACAAGCACAUAACACAAACGUCACGGAUGUACAUCCACCUUAUGGGGGUUAUCCGAAAUUCGUGUCACAAGGCUUUAACGAUAACUUCCUACCCGUCUGGUUGCAAUCCGCUGGUUACAAUACCUUCUACACUGGCAAGCUCUUCAAUGCACAUAGUGUCGACAGCUAUAAUGCACCCUUCGUGAACGGCUUCAAUGGCUCCGACUUCCUGCUCGAUCCCUAUACCUACUCAUACUGGAACUCCACUUAUCAACGAAAUCAGGAGCCACCGCGCAGCUAUGAGGGCCACUAUACGACCGAUGUGAUCACCGACAAGGCUCUGGGAUUCCUGGAAGACGCAUUGCAGAGUGAUUCGCCCUUCUUUCUCACAGUCGCCCCCAUUGCACCGCAUACCAAUGUGGACGUGGAGGCACUUCAAGGAAUUCCGGUCAUGACGGAGCCGCUCCCAGCGCCUCGCCAUGCGCAUCUCUUCCCAGAUGCGAAAGUGCCGAGAACACCCCACUUCAACCCUGCAAAGUUGUCCGGUGCUAGUUGGGUUCGUAAUCUCGAGCUGAAAAACCAAAGCGUGAUCGACUAUGAAGAUCACCUCUACCGCCAACGUCUGCGUGCCCUGCAGGGAGUUGAUGAGCUCGUAGAUCGUCUUCUGACUCGGUUAGCUGCCAGUGGCGAGUUCCAGAACACCUACAUCAUCUACAGUGCGGACAACGGCUAUCAUAUUGGCCAGCAUCGGCUGCCACCCGGGAAGACUACUGGGUAUGAAGAGGACAUCCGCGUUCCGUUCUACAUCCGUGGGCCUGGCCUUCCCCGCGGUGUCAGUGUCGACCGUGUUACCACCCACAUAGACAUUGCGCCCACCUUGUUUGAACUUGCCGGGAUCCCUCUGCGGACGGAUUUUGAUGGCACUCCAAUGCCCGUGGCGCGGCAGACGAAGUCAGUUGCGCAUGAACAUGUGACCGUGGAAUACUGGGGAAGAGCUGUUCUUGAAGGGGAAUUCUCGCGGAUCGGUCCCCAUGGAACGCCCACCAUGACCAACAAUACAUACAAAUCCGCUCGGAUCUUGUCCCCGGAAUAUAACUUGUACUACUCGGUGUGGUGUAACAACGACCACGAGCUGUACGACCUCUCGGUGGAUCCCUACCAGAUGAACAACAUUUACUCCCACAGCGGGGCCAAACUGCUCGGUCGUCCCCUGGCAACGCUGAUCGACCGGAUUGAUGCACUCCUUCUCGUGCUCAAAUCCUGUCAGGGUCGUACCUGCAUUGAGCCCUGGAAGGUUCUGCAUCCUUCGGGGAAUGUGCGUAGUCUCAAAGAGGCGCUGGAUGCCCAGUACGAUAAAUUCUAUGCGGAACAGCCCAAGGUAUCAUACUCGGUGUGCGAGGAUGGCUACUUGAUCGAAGCUGAGGGCCCGCAGGCGGGAUAUCAGUAUCGUGACGGGUUGAGCUGGGAGGCCUGGACUUGAGUUUGUAUUUAUGACCUUUAUACGACAAAAAGCAGCGAGUAAUGAUCAUAUGUGAG